AUGGCUCUUCUUAGAUCCUUACAUGUUUUUCUUUCUCUUUUACUUUUGUUUUUUAACCAUGCUUUGGCGGUUGGAUUCACAUUCAAUAUUGUUAGUCUAGGAGCCAAGUCCGACGGAAAGAUCGAUGUCUCAUCUGUGCUUCAAACAGCAUGGGCUAAGGCCUGUGACUCAUCUAAACCUACCACUAUUUACGUUCCCAAGGGAAUAUUCUAUGUUCGAAGUGUGAGCUUUAAUGGACCUUGUAAAAACAAUGCUAUUACUCUUCUCAUUGAUGGAACUCUUGUGGCUUCCUCGAACAUUCAAGUUCUAGCUAGAACUAAAUUUUGGCUUGAGUUUAAUCACAUAAAUGGGCUUUCCAUUGUUGGCGGUGUUAUUGAUGGGCAAGGAACUGCCUUAUGGGAUUGUAAACGCUCAGGGAAGAGUUGCCCCAAUGGAGCCCGGAGUCUUCAAAUCAACGAUACAAAAAAUGUAAAUAUCUGGGGUUUAUCUUCAAUUAACAGUCAAAUGUUCAACAUUGUAGUGGAUGGGUGCCAAAACGUGCAUAUGACUGGAGUGAGUGUCUCGUCUGCAGGCGAUAGUCCAAACACUGAUGGCAUCCAUGUGCAACAAUCAUCAAAUGUGACCAUCCUCAACUCGAACAUCGGCACUGGUGACGACUGCAUCUCAAUCGGUCCAGGGACUUCCAACUUGUGGAUGGAAAAUAUUACAUGUGGACCUGGACAUGGAAUCAGCAUUGGGAGUUUGGGGAAGAGAACUGAGGAGGAUGGAGUGCAUAAUGUUACAGUGAUAUCAUCUACUUUCACGGGGACUCAGAAUGGAAAUGGAGUAAGGAUUAAGUCUUGGGGAAGACCAAGCAAUGGAUUCGCUACAAAAGUUCAUUUUCAACGUAUUAUUAUGGAUAAUGUGAAAAACCCAAUAAUAAUUGAUGAAAAUUACUGUCCACAUCACAAAAAUUGUCCUGGUCAGGCUUCUGGAGUUAAAGUUAGCGACGUAACAUACGAAGACAUCAAAGGAACUUCAGCCACUGAAAUAGCAAUCAAUUUUGAUUGUAGCCCAAUAAAUCAUUGCACUAGAUUAAGUUUGAAAGACAUAAAGUUAACUUACGAGAAUCAAAUCGCUCAAGCUUCAUGUAAAAAUGCCGAUGGAAUUGCUUCUGGUGUGGUUGAACCUUCUAGUUGUUUAGCAUAG